AUGGGGAUCAUAGCUCUUACAUAUAAUUUUGUAAAUGCAUCAUCUUCAAAGGCGUCCAUGAAAAAGGGGGGUUGGAAAUGUCCUCCUAGGGGAUUUGUGAAACUCAAUGUUGACGCCUCUUUUGACCUUGACUUGCUGAAGGGUACGAUGGGGGCAGUAUUGAGAGACGACAAGGGUAGAUUUAUUGCAGGAGGGAAUGGAAAGACAGACUACUGCGCGGAUGUUAUCAUGGCGGAGGCCUUAGCUGUCAAAUUUGGCCUAAAUUUAGCACAAAGGGCGGGAUGUAAUCGCCUAAUCAUCAACUCUGACAAUCUGGAGAACUCUUCAUAUAGGAGGUCUCGUAGUAGAUCAAAGAACCCAGCAGCUCUCCCCAUAAACUGGCCAAUAAUACACAUGUUCCCUUCCUUGCUGGUCAACGUCCACAACUUGCUUGACUAUUUCACCUUGGUUCUCGCCGGUAACGGCCACAACUUCAGGGCGCAUGGCCCACCUGGGACCGGAAUGAGGUUCUUCGUUACCUGCGACCCUGCAAACAUCCGCCACAUCUUCACGACAAACUACACCAACUUCCCCAAGGGCGCGGAGUUCGCUGCCAUUUUCGACAUCAUGGGUGACAACCUCUUCAACGUCGACGGCGCACGAGCUCUUCGUCCACGAGUGAAGAUCCAUACUGUACUCAGCAGCCCGCGGUUGGUUGCCAGUAUGGAGGCUUGCUGCCGCGACAAGGUGGUGAACAACCUUCUCCCGUUGUUUUGCCACAUGACAAGCACCAACGCUCUAUUUGACAUGCAGGAACUAAUGUCAAGGUUUAUGUUUGACUUGGCCACUACGGCUCUAUUUAGCGUGGACCCUGGCCUUCUUUCCACAGACAUGCCGCCCAUGGACAUCCCAGUUGCCAUGGAUACGGUGAUGAGGUGGCUAAACAUUGGCCCUGAGAGAAAGCUUGGUGCAGCGCACACAGUACUACGAGUGUUCAUCGCAAAGAUGAUCGAACGGAGGAACAUCGACAAAGUACAUGUUAGUAAUGAUGAGGAACAAGAGGGUGUGGAUAUUCUGUCUUCCUACAUCAACGACCCAGACUUCGCCGACUACGACUUUCUCUGUGCGGGGCUCAUUGGCCUCAUGCUCGCUCUGCGGGACACGGUUCGCACGACCCUGACAUGGAUCUUCUACAACCUCGCUCAGAACCCUGACAUCGUGGCAACUAUCCGUAAUGAAUUGUUACCAAUUGCAUUACAAAAAGCACCCACGGGUGCGGGUGCCAUGGUGAUCUUUGAGCCAGAGGAGAUCAAGUCUCUGGUCUAUCUACGAGCCACCUUGUAUGAGACUCUCAGGCUCUACCCACCGGCGCCUUUGGAGCGCAAGACGGUGGCCACUAAGGAUAUCAUGCCGAGUGGCCACAAGGUGCAUGCAGGUGACACAGUCUUUGUUUCCAUCUAUUCCAUGGGAAGAAUGAGGGACGUGUGGGGUGAGAAUUGUCUGGACUAUAACCCACACAGAUGGCUCUCAAAGGACGGCAACACGCUGAGGUACGUACCGUCUCACAAGUUCUUGUCCUUCAACUCAGGCCCGAGGAUAUGCCCUGGCAAGGACAUUGCGGUUAUGCAAAUGAAGAUCAUCAUCGCCACAGUGUUGUGGAACUUCGAUGUGGAGGUAUUAGAAGGGCAGAGCAUCCGGCCCAAGUCGUCCUGUAUACUGCAAAUGGAAAAUGGGCUCAUUGUGAAGCUGAAGAAGCGACAAGCAUAA